UCACAAAAUAUUCCUCUGAGAUUCUGAAGGUAACAAUCUGAAAACUAAGGUUCAUCAUGGCAAUGCUGAGAAGUCUGCUGCUUCUUUUGAUUGUGUUCUCCAUGGGGAAUGCAGAAGUUGAUAUAGUUGAAAAAUGCCCCAAUGGAUGGAUAAACUUUGGAGUCCGAUGCUACAAGUUCUUCUCUCAGGGGGUCAACUGGAUCACAGCAGAGAGAAGCUGUCAAAGUCUGGAUGCAAAUCUUGCAUCUGUGCACAGUAAACUGGAAAAUGAUCUUCUGCUGAGUCUGUUGCCUUCUUCUACCACACAUUCUUGGCUUGGUGUUCAUGAUGGUGAACAAGAAGGAGAGUGGACAUGGAGUGAUGGAACUCCAUUUGACUAUAACAACUGGUGCUCUGAGGAACCUAACAAUGCUGGUGUUGAGAACUGUGUGGACAUCAGCUGGACCACUAACCGUUGCUGGAACGAUUUGCCGUGUUCGUACCAAAUAGGCUAUACGUGUGCUAAAAGCCUGUGAGAUCAUAUGCAGUUACUUUGAUUGUACUACAUUAACAUUUUCUGUUCUUAUCUUUCCAAAAAAAAAAAGUUUAAUCUAUUUUCAAUACCUUCUCUAAUACACUCCUCAAAUCAAUAAAAGCAUCAAUAAAAAGCAAA